UGGUGCGCGCAGAGGGGCGCUGGACUUGAGGCAAACAAUACAUACUACAUACCAAGUAACCGAUUGUGAUAGCUGUUAAAAAUAGAAUUCCGGACGUAGUCUGAAUUCGACUCGAGCUAAAUUGUUAACGUUGAUAUUAAAGGCAGAAAAGUAAAUUCCGUUACAAAAAAUUUAUUUUCCAUUUGCUCUCCCCUUUCCUUCGUUGUUGAGUGAGUGUGCGUGCGUGUCAGUUUUACAGUGCAAAAGCUCGCUAGUACGAAAAAAGAGGACACGCGGAAGCGGCAAACACAAGGCUUAUUAUCGUUGGGUAGAAGUCAAUUUAUUGUAUGAGUCAAAAAACUGAAAGACCAGUGCUAUCGGGUCAACGCAUCAAGACCAGAAAAAGAGAUGAAAGAGAAAAAUAUGACCCAACGGGAUUCCGUGAUGCGGUCAUUGCUGGUCUCGAAAAAACUGAAGGCGACCUGGACCAAAUCUCUAAAUAUUUAGACAGCGCGGGCAACAAGCUCGACUAUCGUCGUUACGGUGAAGUUCUCUUUGAUAUAUUGAUUGCAGGAGGUCUACUAGUGCCUGGUGGUUCUAUAUCUCAGGAUGGCGAAAAGCCGCGCACAAGCUACUGCAUCUUCGAUGCGCCCGAGAGCAUGGAGAGCAUGCGCAACCAUGAGCAGGUAUUUGUCAAGCUUAUCAGACGGUACAAGUACCUUGAGAAAAUGUUCGAAGAGGAGAUGGGAAAGGUUCUAUUAUUCGUAAAGGGCUUUACUCCAAGUGAACGCAUCAAGCUUGCGCGUAUGACAGCGCUCUGGUUAGUUAACGGCUCUGUACCGCCAAAUGUUUUACUGGUACUAAACAACGAGCAUCUGAUCAAGGAUGGCAUUGCACUGGAGUUUCUACUAGAGCUAUUCCAGACGUUCAAGCAAGAGAAGGGCAUUGCAUAUCUGAUUCAGGCGCUUAAGAAAGGUGGACUGGAAAGCAAACUUAUGGACUUUUUCCCACCAAACAAACGUACUGAGGAAUAUUUUAAACAAGUUUUUCUUGACAAAGAACUCAACGAGAUCGUCAAGCUGCAUAAGGCUCAGGCUAGCCAGGAGGCGAAGCGUGAGUUGCAGCAGGCGCUCAUCGAUGAUAUCAACGAUGAGAAGCCAUAUAAUGAGAUAACCUCAGACAUUAAGGAAUUCUCGCAACGCACCAACAUUCCCGAUCAUGAAAUAAUUGUUAUUAUUUGGUCCACCAUCAUGUCAUUGGGCGAAUGGAACAAGAAGGAGGAGCUAGUUACCGAUCAGGCUGUUCGUCACCUAAAGAACUACUGCCCACUGUUGCAGUCUUUCGCCUCAACUGACCGAUCGGAGUUGGCCCUAAUCCUGAAGGUGCAGGAAUUCUGCUACGAGAACAUGAACUUCAUGAAGGCCUUCCAGAAGAUCAUUUUGUUGUUCUACAAGACCGAGGUCCUUUCCGAGGAGAUCAUAUUGCGCUGGUACAAGGAGGGUCACUCAAACAAGGGAAAAAUGCAUUUCCUUGAACAAAUGCGAAAGUUUGUGGAAUGGCUUCAAUCAGCCGAAGAAGAAUCCGAAUCUGAGGAUGAACAAAAGAAUGGCGAGUAACUUUCUUGAUGGCUAAAUAAAGAAGAACACAAACGAAGCCGCCCUUUACCAUCCCCAUCUGAAAUUUCGAAACUAGAACCUACAACAGCCAGUCGAACUAUAUACAACUCACCCCUAUGAAUAACGUCAUUUUGAAAACUCCACCUAUAUAACACUCAAAAAAUUCCAACAAUAAAGGAGAGAGUAAAACAAAA